GCCAAUAACAUAUUCGCGGAGUAUUGCCGUCUGAGUAAUGUCAUCAUCAAUCUCCACUGCCUGCCCUGCCAGCCAGCAACAUGCACAUGCACUGCUAGUAACCAGCUGAGGAACGGAGCGUCACCACUUUUUUUUCUCUCUCUCUUUUACUGUAUGCCCAUGAUUAUCAAAGUUAAGACUCGGAUUAUCUCGACCGACGCAAACCCCGGGGAUCCCGGAGCCUGGUUGUUUCGAUGCUGGGCCGGGCUGACUUAGCAAUCUCGCGAUGGCUUCGCUUCCAUCUUACCAAGAUGCCGUCUCCCCCGACUGGCUGCCCCUAGUGGCUCCCUACGUCUCUCCCAAGGACUACCCGGCAUUGUGCGGUGUAAAUCGCCGGUACUGGGACGUUUUUGCCCCACGCAUAUGGGGUCGUAUCCCACGCUCAGACACAGUGACCGGUCUUGAUGAUGCAGAAUAUGAUUUGGAUUGGUUGUUGAACUCUGUUUUCAACGGCGUCAGUCGGAUGAGAUCCGAGACGUUGAGCCUUGUUCGAGUCUUUGAUGCUCGCUCCAUCAGGGGUACAUAUUCUCUCAGCAUGGGUGUCAACCUCAACACGAAGUUGAAGAAUGCAGUCAAGUUCUUACCAAACCUAAACUGUAUUCUUAUCGAUGGCCAUGAAGAUCUUGACCCUUCUGAAUCUUUCGCAGAGGUCGGACAUCAGAUUCAACUCCUCAGCAUGGCGGGUUGCCACGUGUCACUAUCAAUCAAGUUCAUCAACACACUUCGCGGAAUCGUCUAUCUAGAUCUCUCGUAUGUUUCGGGAUCACUCCGUCCCUUAUUCCAAGACGAUGUGCUCCCUGAAUUACGUGUCCUGAAAAUCCAAGGCAAGGAGGUUGACGACACCACCGUUGAGAAUCUAACCGCUCGAUUCGGAACUCGUCUAUGGAGCUUGGACUUGAUUAACAAUAAGCUAACAGACCAGGCGCUUGAUAGUAUUGGGGCUCAUUGUUUGUGGCCAGCCGAUCUUCGCUCGGAUACCAACUUUGAUGUCGAGGGUAAGCUGGAAUUCGGAUGCACAACCCCUGACUUUGGGACCUGGACUCGCAUUGUUGAGUCUGAAUGGAGUGUCUCUUUCAGUCAUCCAAACAGACAUUUUGUCGACGCACCGUUGUAUGAUCUUCACGAUACACUGCCCCAAGAAUGUGUGUCUAAACGACUAGACGGGAAGUUCCCCGUCAAAUCAGAUGCGGCGGACGCCGUUUGCCGGGGCCUCCAAGGCGAGGACCCCUAUUUCCCACCAGCGAGUUUUCAAACUUCACAAGGGCUUACGCAUCUCAACGUCUCUGGCAAUCGGGUCUCAUCCCUCGGCAUCAUGAAGCUACUUACGCUGUGCCGUGGACGCCUCGAACAGUUUAGCUGCGACUCUAUGAUGUUCGUUCCGCCUCUGAAAGGGACUAUGGCCGCAGUGUGGUGGCCUAAGGCGGCUAAACUCUAUGGCUUUUAUGCUACACAUACACUACGGCCGGUGCUGUCGUCGAACUUGCGGGUAGUCAAGCUACACCAUUCAGUAGUGACUCAAAUUCCCACGUUGGAACUUGAGGGAUUCUCCAGCAUGGCUUGUCUGCACAUCGCUGAGAAAAUACUACUGCCGCGGGCUGAGAUGGCCUUCCCCGAGCCUUUUGUCCCUGACAUGAAUCCACGCAUCACCUCACUAACCCUUACACAUAUUCCGCGGCGUUCGAGUGGCCCGCUGAUCAAUAGACUGGUUUCCUUCCUAAAACUUCUCUCUGCGCAGGAGCGUGCGCUUUUUGACCUGUCAUCUCGGCGGGGUCCCAGCGUCUUGGCCGGCCUCCGUCACUUCCGGCUCGAAUUCGAGCAGGAUGCUUACGAGGGCGAUGCCUAUAUUGCCGGAGAAAUAGAUGCUGAGGAACUGCUAAACUCGGGCGAUAAGGGGUUCAGUUUCUUCGGUGACGAGGCCGGCGGGCGCCCACGGCCCAUUCGAGAGCUAGCUACCCCUCCCCCUCAGAAACGGGAUCUGACUGAAUUUUCCGUUUCUCAAGGGGAGCAGGACCUGGAGACUGAACACCUGGACAUAGACGUCUGGGUGGACGGAAAAUCCACUACGGUCAAGGUAUGGGUCGGCUCAGCCUCUAACGAAAGUAGCAACCCCAUGCUACGAGACUAUCGAGAACUGGCGUUGCAUUGCAAAGUGCAUGAUCGUAUCGGACCGGCCUCCCCUGCACAAAUACGUGCGGGCGUCCCCUCUUCGGCACUCGUCUUUCACACAGCAUGGUGUAUGGCGAUCAUGCCCUGUCGGCAUAGGUCUGCCACCUUCAAAGAGCCCACAAGGGUUGAGCUUGACGCGAUGAAAGACGUGCUGUCUGAGCUAAAACAGUUUCGCCUCGAAGGCAGGGCAAAAUACCUCAAGCUGCAAGGCCAGUCUGCCAGCGGAACCUGUCCGCCUGGUCCACCGCAUGGAUUCUGGCUUGGGAAGCUUGAGGUUUCGACUCACCAGGGGACGCUACGGAGCAAAACCGCAGACUAUUGGAGAUGAGCCGGGCGUCUAAACUACUGCCCGAAGAAAUUGUGCGAGGAAUACUCCGGACACUUCAAACUUUGUUUUAUCAAAUAGUCUGUCAAAGGGUAGGUUUGUGUGUCUGGAACUGGUUUUGAAACUUUUGAUACCCUCGUUUUGACGUCGGGCUGGAGGGGACCGAACAUCGUCAACGGCGUGCUUGGCAUUGAGUUUCAUAAUUAUCUGAUGAGGAAAUACGUGGCUAGCAUAGGCCGAUAUACACAGAAUGAGGAGACUCCUGACAUCGACAUUGGUUCAAGGAUCGCCAGCUCAGGUGGCAAAUGUCAUGACUCUCGUUCUCCGCCGAAACUGUCGGUUCUUCAGGAUGCAUAAUUCGUCUUUCGGAUUGAUUUCAUUACGACGAAUUCCUCUGAUGCUGCGCUUUGAUGCGAUAUGGAUUUAUUCCCUCAUAUUCUGGACAUUGACAGUAAGCUCAAACUUGACCAUCCUCUGACCACAUUCCUAACUAAGGAGAUGAUAGACAUUCGCUUGCUAGCCGAGGUAUGGGUCCCAAGACACUGACUGGCAGGCUGACAGCUAUGGCGAGUAACAUCGCGUCAACGCGUCGUCCAGGAUAGGCAGUCACUUCAUAGAAAAUGAUGCCAAAGAGGGGGUUCCUGACAACGUGCCCUGCAUUGCGUCAAUGCAUACUAGAGUCUAGACCCUCAGCUGACAACAAAAUGUUCGCCUACCCAUGGACCCUCUUCCCUACCUUACAGAGAAGACCCCUUUUGCAUGUGCAUCAUGGACGAGAGGGGGGAGGGGGGAAGGAGAUGUUCUGCGUUGUGGGUAAAAAUGUCUUUGACGGGUUGAUUAUAGAGUUUUGUGGCACACGGCACAGAGAGCUGAUCUUAACCAGUCCUUGGAGGGCGUUGCAAAGAAAGAGGGUCCGAGCUUAGCAAGAAAGGAAUCCGAACGUUGGGUUAGAACCAAACGACCCCCUUUAGGCUAAAGCCGCAGGCUAUGUACAGGCCCGAGGCACGGUAUUUGUUAGAGUUUGGAGGCUUUGAAGCUAUUCACAACAGCGCCCCAAGCAGGAGAAGGGGGCCCAAUACGAGCUGUGCAUUCUUGGCGCUAGCGCAGCGACCCGAG